CGCAGCAAAGCUACCACUUUGACCUUUCCCACUCUUCCGCAUCGAUCAAAGGGGCGGUCCGGCAAUGCUGUCCGUGGCAAUGCCCACCGUGGAUCCCUUGACCCAGUGGGCCAACCGUAGUUUGGAAAAAUUGGGGCGGGAAUGGCUCAAAUCUCCUAAUUCGCUUUUGGACAAGAGCUAUCGACCAGUCAUUGAAUCGACUGCAAAUGGGGGUGAACAUUCUGAUCUUGCAAAUGAAGACUUACCGGAGCUGCCUGGUUUGCCCCUUCUCCAUACUUUACCGCCAAAAUUCGAUAGCAGACCAUCGGACCUUUUUGCAAAGCUAAAUAAUGAGAUAAUUCUGCUUGCCGCACAGCUGAAUCUCCGUCCUCAGGAAAGGGCGCUGCGUGGUUGGGUCGUUCGCCAGCUACGCACGUUUCUGAAAGACUAUUGCAAAGCGAAGCAAUUGAGACCCGGCGCUGCGAAAGCGCAUCUGAUUGGGUCCUCUCGCUACGGAGGAUGCCUUCCAACGAGCGGCCUCGAUAUUAUGAUCGAAUUUGAUUUAGAAUUGGAGCAGAAUGAGAACUUACUAGGAGAUCUGCAUGACGCUCUCCUAGUGUCUCCACUGAUACAAAAGGUUGCCAAUCUUUCGACAUUGAAAAUUAACCGACACGGCUCUGUUACUCGGUACAUUCAAUUCUGCACAAGGAUGGGCAGUCUUAAAGUCUUCCUGUAUCUGAACUGUCCCUCGGCCCUCAAGGCAGCAGACGCCAUGCAGCGUGCCAUGCUUGACCUUCAGCCUCAUUUGUAUCCGCUAACUUUGGUGGUGAAGCAGUGGUUCCACAUUCGUGGGUUUUCUAAAACUGACAGCGGGGGUGUCAGCGGUUUCGCGGUGGUCAAUAUGGUUCUUGCAUUGGUAUUACGUUUCGAGAAAUUGACGCGCGACACGUCGCCGCUGGCCAGGCUUUUCGUGCAAUAUUUUCAAUUCUUUGGGUUCGAUUUCACUCCGGAUCUCCACGCUAUCUGUUGUCAGGUGGAAGAAGGCGUCUGUAUGAAAAAAGCGCGUGCGAUAGACAAAUGGAACGGAAACCCUGAAGGGCAGUCAAUUUCUAAUUUUCAAGUCAUCGAUCCCAGCGAUUAUCUGAACGACAUGACAUCUCGUGCAUUCAAGUUCUCGGAAAUUAGAGGACAAUGCCAGGACAGCUCUGGAGUCUUAAAGCUCCGGUAUCAGGGUGGGGUGUUUUGCGAUCUCGGAACGGGAGACAUGUUGGAUGGCAUUGUGCGUGGUGACGACGAUAUGGUACGACACCAGAGGGAUAGGUUUUGCGCUGAAUGGAAUGACUAUCUGAAUGACGAGAUUGGAGUGUCACUAGAUUCGAUGGCUGUAGAUGUGCCUUCAUCAAUUCACUCACCUGCGCAGCAUCCGACUGCGGUCACAUUUUCCGGUAUGGUCACUCAACCCGCAACUAUGAUUGACCCAAUCAGCGACUCCGAACAGAGCACAAGCUCGCAACGCCAGCCGACCAGGAAGAAUCCACAACCAUCCAACGCUAGAAAGUCGGAGCUGUCCGUGAAGGUCGAUGUGCGACCGAUAGGAAGCCAAACUAUCCGCCCUACUGAAACAUCGCCAAUUUCGGCGGAAGAAGAUAUGGAUAUUGACACUUCUAGUCCCUCUCCCAUCAUGACGCAGACGGCUGCUACGAAGUCUUCCACCAAAACCACGCUGCCUGAUAGUCGGGUCGUGGAAGAUGGCGCACCUCACGCAUUGCCCGAAGCGAUCGGCGUAACUUCCAACGCAGAUUGUGGAACCGCGCAGCUUUCGCCAAUUGUGAUCGAAGAUAUGGAUGAUAAAAGGCCGCAGCGAAUGGAACCGCCACAGCUGCCGACUUUAAAAGCAUACAUAGACAACUAUUAUCAAACUAACAACCUACCCCGAGAAACUUUUAAUUUGCCAUACGUCAAAAAUACGAGCGCACCCCAGCUCGUAAAUGUCCUUGGUGCCACCUCUUUCCGGACGGAUCGAAAGACUUCAACAGAGUUUGAAAGACCUCGGCAAACCAAUAAAACGAUCGAAUGCAUUUCUUUAUUAUCGUCCCCAUCCUCUGCGGGGUCUGGUCCGUCUACAGCAUCUUUAAGAAUCAGCAGCGAAAGUGAAAGCGAAGAAGGUGCGAUUGACGAAGUUCCCCGAGGGCGGAGGUCGGUAUCUCCAGUUCGGACAAAACAAAGCAGACGGGAAGACGAGACUGAAGAUAGAAACAGGGUCGGCAGUCGUGGCAGGCACUCCCAGUCCCGCACCACUCGACGGCAUUCACGAUCGCGGAGUCCUCGUUACUGGUAGGACGACAUAGCGAUCGUAGUGGUAUCUUUGCAUGUGGAAAUUGUACAUACGGAUGGAAAUUGAAAUUGAAAUUACUCUUGUAAUGAAAUCUCCAUUGUGACUUGGAAGGUGCGACAAUCAUCGCCAGCCAGCGUUGGUAGAGGUAGAUUGGCAAUCUUUCGCCUCUACACUUCUUGAUAUGUGUUACUAGUAACAGGCAAUGGCUUCGACAUCUGAGAUUAACGUUGAGUUACUCAUUAUCACCUGAAAAUGAUCGACUAGAUGAACUAAACGGAGCUCUACACUUAUCAACAUGCCGGCUCUCGGCCAUCAAAUGCAUCUCACGACCAUAUAUUUGGUGUUUUAUACGCCACGUACGCCCGGAAUUAUUUUAAAUACUUAACGUUACAGACCAUUACAGACUUAGUCUCUCAGACAUGAAAGAUUUUCCUGUAUCGUCCCCUUCAUUCUGCGCAUUAGAAUGCUGAAAAAAAGGUAUUUUCACAGACAUGAUAGGCCCGCCCGGCAUAUGACUCCGCUCACUUGCAAUAUCGGACCAGUUAUCUCC